AUGGAAAGGGCUAGUGGUACUUCCUCAGAACGUUCCCAUUGUUGCGACAGGUGUGGAAAAACUUUUCAUUCGGUUUCUCAUCUCAAGAUACACAAUCGCACUCAUACGGGCGAAAGACCUUUUACCUGCCAAGUAUGUGCUCAGACUUUUACCCGAAAGGCCCAUCUUACGGAGCACGAGCGAACACAUACAAAAGAGAGACCUUUUACCUGCCAAUUCUGUACUCGGACUUUUGCCUGCAAGUCCAAUCUUACAAAUCAUGAGCGAACGCAUACGGGCGAGAGGCCAUUUAUCUGCCAAGUCUGUACUCAGACUUUUACCCGAAAGGCCCAUCUUACGGAGCACGAGCGAACACAUACAAAAGAGAGACCUUUUACCUGCCAAUUCUGUACUCAGACUUUUGCCUGCAAGUCCAAUCUUACAAAUCAUGAGCGAACGCAUACGGGCGAGAGGCCAUUCAUCUGCCAAUUCUGUCAUCAAACUUUUGCCCAAAAGUCUACUCUUAGGGUUCAUGAGCGAACGCAUACGGGCGAGAGGCCAUUUAUCUGCCAAUUCUGUACUCGGACUUUUGCCUGCAAGUCCAAUCUUAGAAAGCAUGAGCGAACACAUAUGGGCGAGAGACCCUACAAGUGCAAAUUCUGUUCUCAGAUUUUUACCCAAAAGGCACAUCUUACGAAGCACGAGAAAACCCAUACGGAGGAGAAGCCAUUUACCUGCCAAUUCUGCCAUCAGACUUUUGCCCAAAAGUCUACUCUUAGGGUUCAUGAGCGAACGCAUACGGGCGAGAGGCCAUUUAUCUGCCAAGUCUGUACUCAGACUUUUGCCUGCAAGUCCAAUCUUACAAAGCAUGAGCGAACACAUAUGGGCGAGAGGCCAUUCAUCUGCCAAUUCUGUACUCAGACUUUUGCCUGCAAGUCCAAUCUUACAAAUCAUGAGCGAACGCAUACGGGCGAGAGGCCAUUUACCUGCCAAUUCUGCCAUCAGACUUUUACCCAAAUGUCUACACUUGGGGUUCAUGAGCGAACGCAUACGGACGAGAGGCCAUUUAUCUGCCAAGUCUGUACUCAGACUUUUGCCCAAAAGUCUACUCUUAGGGUUCAUGAGCGAACGCAUACGGGUGAGAGGCCAUUUAUCUGCCAAGUCUGUCAAAAAUCAUUUGCAUUGAAACAUCAUCUUACAGAUCAUAGGCUAACACAUACGGGCGAGAGGCCAUUUACCUGCCAAUUCUGCCAUCAGACUUUUGCCCAAAAGUCUAAACUUAGAGUUCAUGAGCGAAAGCAUAUGGGCGAGAGACCAUUUGUCUGCCAAGUCUGUCAAAAAACAUUUGCAUUGAAACAUCAUCUUACAAAUCAUAGGCUAACACAUACGGGCGAGAGGCCAUUUACCUGCCAAUUCUGCCAUCAGACUUUUGCCCAAAAGUCUACUCUUAGGGUUCAUGAGCGAACGCAUACGGGCGAGAGGCCAUUUAUCUGCCAAGUCUGUACUCAGACUUUUGCCUGCAAGUCCAAUCUUACAAGGCAUGAGCGAACACAUAUGGGCGAGAGGCCAUUCAUCUGCCAAUUCUGCCAUCAGACUUUUGCCUGCAAGUCCAAUCUUACAAGGCAUGAGCGAACACAUACGGGCGAAAGGCUCUUCAACUGCAAAUUUUGUCAAAAAACGUAUGAAUGCAAGUCUGAUCUUAUACAGCAUCAGCAAACACAACAUGUGAUUUUGAAAAUCUACCACUGUGCCAUGUGUCCACAAGCUUUCACGAAAAAAAUCAUCCUUAAGAAGCACCUGCAGACUAUCCACUCGGACGAGAUGCCCCACUGCAGUGCAAGGUUUUUAGCAACUUCAUAA